UUUAGGUUGAGGGCAAUGCAUGACGUGAAUGUCAAGUCGACUAAUUACGACAAGAUAGUAUAAAGAUUACAGAAAGAAAAAUAUGUGAUCUGAUGAAUGCAUGGAAAAACAACCUAAGGACAUUUUAGACAUGGAAUCUUCUUCCAAAACAGACAUGAACGAGGUCACUAGGCAUGAUGAGAAAAAUGGUCAUUUCAUUGAAAACCAUGACGACAUCCCUGAAACAUUUCAACUCUAUGACAAAGAAGAAGAAUCAGAUAUAAAUGAUGAUGACCCAGAAUGCAAUGUGGUUAUUGAAAGUACACAUGUGACAGUUCCAGAUGGAGGCUAUGGAUGGGUGGUUGUAUACAGUAGCUAUAUGGUGCAUUUUAUAAUUGGUGGAGUAGAAAGGUCAGCUGGUCUGUUUUACCUACAGUUUUUGGAGAGAUAUAAUGAGUCAGCAGCACUAACAGCUUGGCUUUGUGGUGUUGGUGCUGGAGUCAGAUUAAUGUUAGGUCCAUUGACUGGUGCAGUUGCUAAUCGAUUUUCAUGUAGAGCUGCAAUGGUAUGGGGAGGAAUAAUUACAUGUAUCUCCAUGAUAAUAUCAGGGUUUGCUCCAAAUAUUGCUUUCCUGUUUAUCAGCUUUGGAUUUUUAAGUGGUAUUGGAAGAUCCUUAGCAUAUUGUCCAGCUGUUGUGAUUGUUGGGUUGUACUUUCAUAAAAAGCGUGGAAAGGCUGUUGGUGUAGCGACAUCUGGUGUAGGUUUUGGUACCUUCGUUAUCCCACCAGUAAUUAAACUUCUGUUUGAUUAUUAUGGAUUUACAGGAGCUUUUAUUUUGAUUGGUGGAAUAACACUCAACUUAACAAUUUAUGGAAUUCUGAUGAGACCAUUGUCAGUUCACAGGAAAAUAGAGGCAAUUCAGAAAAGGAAAGUUGAAGUGUUGAUGGUUACAGAUGUAGAAGUUACAAUACUUCCCAAGUCUGAAAGAUUAGAUGAUAACCUAUACGAUAGCAUAGACUUUACUAUACCAGUGCUCCAGGAAAAUGAAAGAAGCAAGAAAAAUAAUUCAUUUAGUAAUUUAAAAAAAAGGAUCUCCUCGGUUGUGUCAUUUACAAAAUCAAAGCAAAGUAAACCCAAAGAAAGAGCAAAGAAGAAACUCUUUGAAUUUUCUCUACUGAAAGAUUUAAGAUUCGCAUGCUUUUGUUUUGCCAUUUUGCUUUUCACAUUGGCAUUCCAGUCUGCGUUUGUCUUUUUGCCAGCAUAUGUAAAACAGAUAGGAGGAGGUGACACUAAGGCAGCUUUCUCUGUUGUUAUAGCAGGAGUAUUUGAUGGAAUAGGGAGAAUAUUAGCUGGAUUUAUUUUAGACAUGAAGAAAAUAAAACCAUACAGAAUUUACAUUUACAAUAGUAUCAUGUUUGUUAUUGGUGGUGUGUCUUUUGUGAUUCCAAAUUUAACUGAUUAUGUAGCAAUUGCUAUUGCAUGUGGAGUUUAUGGGAUUUUAGUUGGAUCUUAUAUAUCACAGAAAUCUGUUGUUAUAGUAGAUUUACUUGGACCAGAAAAAUUAACUUAUUCGUUUGGAAUCAUGAUUCUUUUCCAAGGUAUAGGAAUGUUGAUUGGACCAACAAUUGGAGGCUUUCUUAAAGAUAUAAAUGGAAAAUAUGACUAUUCGUUUUAUUUUGGAGGAGGUUCCAUGUUAUUUGGUGCUAUUAUCUUACUGCUUUCAAAUGUGAUUCAUUUCAUGAAAGAGAAAAGGGAAGAACCAUAGACAGUUAUUGGACAAUUUAAAUGACAUUAAUACAGUCAUCUUUCAGAGCUACAAAAGAAAUAUCAAAAAUAUAUUUUUAUCUUAUGGUUAGUGAUUGAAUGUGUGGUUACAAAUAUAAAUAGACUAAUUUUAAAGUAUAAAUCGAAAUUUAUAUAAAAAAUUCCAUUAAAUGGAUUCAAAAUCGUAAAAUAUCAGACCUACAAACAAGUUUUUGUCGAGCCUGCGACUUUUGUCGCAGAAAGCUCGACAUAGGGAUAGUGAUCCGGUGGCAGCGGUGACGGCGUUAGCUAACUUCUUAAAAGCUUUGUAUUUUAGAAGAUGGAAGAUCUGGAUGCUUCAUACUUUGUAUAUGGAUGCCUCAUGUUACGAAGUUUCUGUCAGUCACAUGUCCAAUGUCCUUGACCUCAUUUUCAUGGUUCAGUGACUACUUGAAAAAAAAAAGAAGAUUUUUUGUAAUGUUAAAUUCUCUCUUAUUAUAAGUAAUAGGAUAACUAUAUUUGGUAUGUGUGUACCUUGCAAGGUCCUCAUGCCCGUCAGACAGUUUUCACUUGACCUCGACCUCAUUUCAUGGAUCAGUGAACAAGGUUAAGUUUUGGUGGUCAAGUCCAUAUCUCAGAUACUAUAAGCAAUAGGUCUAGUAUAUUCAGUGUAUGGAAGGACUGUAAGGUGUACAUGUCCAACUGGCAGGUGUCAUCUGACCUUGACCUCAUUUUCUUGGUUCAGUGGUUAUAGUAAGGUUUUUGUGUUUUGGUCUGUUUUUCUUAUACUGUAUGCAAUAGGUUUACUAUAUUUGGUGUAUGGAAUGAUUGUAAGGUGUACAUGUCUAGCUGGCAGGUGUCAUCUGACCUUGACCUCAUUUUCAUGGUUCAGUGGUCAAAGUUAAGUUUUUGAGUUUUGGUCUUUUUUUCUAAUACUAUAUGCAAUAGUUCAACUAUAUUUUGUGUAUGGAAAUAUUUUAUGAUCUAUAUGUCAGUCACACAGGUUUUAUUUGACCUUGACCUCAUUUUUUAACAGUUCAUUGCUCAGUGUUAAGUUUUUGUGUUUUGGUAGGUUUUUCUUAAACUAUAAGCAAUAGGUCAACUAUAUUUGUUGUAUGGAAGAAUUGUUAGCUGUACAUGCCUGCCUAGCAUGGUUCAUCUGACCUUGACCUCAUUUUCAUGGUUCAUUGGUCAAUGUUUAGUUUACUUGGUUAAUGUUAAGUUUAUGUGACAGUUGUAAUAAAGCUUUAUAUUUAGGACUAUCAACAUAAUAUCAAUGAUUAGUAAAGAAGGCGAGACAUUUCAGCAUGUGCACUCUUGUUUUUUAAUGUCUGAUAAAAUUUUAAGCAACUUGUUUUUUCAUGCUUCUUAUCCUUUGAAUAUUUUUUACUUUUCAUCAAGGAAUUAUUUUCAACAUAUAAGCAUUCUACAUGAACAAUUUGUUUUAAUGCUUCUUAUCAAUUGAGACCUACCAAUUUCAUGCCACACUUCCUACAAAUGAACUAACUCAUCUCUCAUAUUGCACAAUCUGUUAUUCAAGCUUCUGACUUUUAUUAUGUCUCCCUUUCAACAAAACUGACAACAAAUCCUUUUUAUACGACCGCAAAAAAAUUUUGUGGUCGUAUAUUGGUAUGACGUUGACGUCGUCGUCGUCCGAAGACACAUUGGUUUUCGCACUCUAACUUUAGUUUAAGUGAAUGGAUCUUUAUGAAAUUUUACCAUAAGGUUCAAUACCACAAAAGGAAGGUUGGGAUUGAUUUUGGGGGUUAUGGUACCAACAGUUAAGGAAUUAGGGGCCAAAAAGGGGCCAAAAAUAAGCAUUUUUGUAACUUCCAGACAUAACUUGUGUGUUAGUUUAUGGAUCUCUCUGACAUUGUACCACAGGGUUCCAUAUCAUAAAGGGAAUGCUGGGAUUGAUUUUGGGGGUAAUUUCCUCAAAAUUUUGGGAAUUAGGGGCCAAAAAAGGGGAAAAAAUAAGCAUUUUUCUAGUUUCAUGACAAUAACUUGGGUGUAAGUGUAUAGAUCUUUCUGAAAUUGUACUACAAGGUUCCAUAUUUUAAAGGAAAAGCUUGAAUUGAGU